CUCCAAUUUGAUGACCAAAUCAUGUAGAAGAUAAGGUUCAUUUCCCAUUUGUAAAAUCUCCUUUUAAGUACUGUUAGGUGUAGCAGCAUACCAAUCCCCCCUUCCAGGAUGCAAACAGUCAUAACCCACUGCUCUUCCAAAGCCAAUCCUCACUCAACAGCCAACACCUCAAUCAAUGACCAUGUCCAAGGACCCAGGAGUUGACAAAGGGCAAGCAAUCUCUUUUAAUACUUUCUCAGAUGAACUGUUUUCCAGAACAUGUUCAAUAAUGUCUGUGACUAUAAAUAGCCCACGGAAACCACUAGGAACUGUCCCAACAGCCAACGAUGAUGACAACUACUGAUGGCACAACCACCGGGUCUUCCGGAGUCGACUAUGAGGCCAUCCAGACUGUCACCGCCUUCACGGUGACUGAGCCGCGCCUGACCCAGCCCGUCUCGGCCGCUGACCCUGCCGGCACCUGGAUUUUCCAGAAAUGCUUCAACGUGGUUCUGUACUACAGAACGAUGGUGGAGGGCGACACCGGCUGGGCCUUCUCCGGGUGGGUCAAGGACUCGCUGGGGAGAGCUUUCACCGAGCGGCCACUCCUCUGUGGGCGGCUCCGGAGAGGCGAGGGUGGCUGCGGAGGAGAGCUGGAGAUCGUGUCAAACGACAGCGGUGCCAGGCUCAUCGAGGCUAGGAUUGGCGUGACUCUGGAUGAGUUCCUCGGCUCUGAGAGGAGGGCAGAUGGUGAGGCUGAGCUAGUGCAUUGGAAGGACAUCGACAUGCAAGAUCCUCAGUUCUGCCCACUCUUUUACAUCCAGGUGACAAACUUUCAGUGUGGUGGGUAUUCAAUUGGGAUAAGCUGUAGCCUGUUGUUGGCAGACCCAAUCUCUAUAAUUAGUUUCAUCAGCAGAUGGGCCACCAUCCAUAAUGAUCUGAAUCUGAUUCCUGGAGACAGUGCACCCAAGAAACCCAUCUUCUAUCUCUCGAACAUCAAACGUCCUGACUCACCAUUAACCUUUCUCACCCCUAGUCCUUGCCCAAAGACCGUCCAGACAUUGGUCUUCAAAGUCAAUGCCGUUGGCGCGAAGCCCGGCGGGGAACUGAGCAAGGCGGUCACGCUGCUGUGCACCGAGGAGGCGGAGAAGAAGCUGAAGAACAAGCUGGGGUCGAAAUUCGCCUUGCUGGUGAAAGAAGAAUCGGGAAAUGUUAAGGCAGAGAGCGUUGAGAAAGGUGGAGCUGUUCAGGUCGAGACCGAGAUGGUCACAAGUGAAGUAAGUUUGGAGAGUUUGGGCUUGAGCGGUGUGGCGUUCAGGAGAGGAAACGAGCCUGCUCUGGUCUCACAUUGGGUUGCAUCGGGUGAUGGCUUCGUGAUGGUGGCGCAGUGCGGCGGCGACGACGACGGCAUGUUGGGAUUUAAUGUCUUCGUCACAAUUCCUAGAGCGUGAUUACAUUUAUCAUAAGUUGCACCUAUUUGCCAUUUUGGCUUCUAUAUUGAUUAUCUAACAUAUUGUCUAGUUUCUUUCCUUCUUGAGUUCGAUGAUCGCCUGUUCUUUUUCUGCUUAAAAUUCAAUGAUCGCUUAAAUGAA